GUCAGAUUUAAUACUCUGGUUACAUUAUUCGUUUCUGGAACUGAGCUAGAACUAGAUAGGUGUGCAGCUUUAAUUAUAUAACUAUUAAUAAAUAUACAGUGGUUACAAAAAUUUAGCACAACAUUCAAUGUAAUGCAGUAAAGCACAUUAUUUCAAUAGUAUUCUAAUUUUUUCACACCACUGUAAAUUAUAAUAUUUUAUGAUAAAUAUUAAAACUGCAUAAUUACCUAAAUUUUUCUUUUCUUUUAUUUAGCAGAGAAAAAAUUGCAGUUGGUCCUAGUGGUGGACAACCCUCCACUUGGAAAUUUUUUGAGAGAACUCAUGAAAUAUUAAGAUGCUUGCCUGUUAAUGACACAAGCUUGAUGCAGGAAUCAACACUGCCAAUUUUAAAUUCAAGCAUAAAUUAUAUGAAAACAGUCAACAUACAAGAUGAAAACUUAGUCGUAUUAGGUACUGCAGAGGCUGCAUAUGCUGUUUCCGAAUCUGAAGAACCUGUACUAGACCUAAGUACACCAUCACCUACUGCAAGCACCUCAUAUUCACAGAGUGCUCCAACAAAAAGAUUUGAAGAAAGCAGGCAUCAAAAUAAAAAGCAGAAAACUAGCCAUGUUGCUGAACUAUCACAACUUGUUCAAAGACAGCAUGAGGAAACGAGAGAGGUCGAUAACCAAAUAUUAACUUUAUUAAAAGAUCAAAAUGACCUCUUUCGCCAGAGUUUAAAUUUACAAAAAGAAUUUAAUAAUUUAAUUGCUGCUCUUGUAAAUAAGAACAAGUAAACAAAAUGUGUUUAUUAUCAUCAUCA